AUGUUUAGAUAUGAAGAGUACCUUCGCUCAAAAGCAGCUCCAACGACAGACUCAAGUCAGCCACCAAUCUCCCAGUUCAUCACAAGUAACAAGCAACACUACACUUCUAGCCAUCCCCAGCAGAACGCCAUCACACGUUCAAUACUUUCAGACCUGGUUAUUGAUUGCAACUUACCAUUGUCCAUCAUAGAACACCCAAGUUUCCGGCGCUUCAUGUCUAUUGUUGACACAAGGUACAACCCUGUAAGCCGAAGAACUCUUACUUCAAAACUGGAUGAUGUAGUGCUGGAAAAGCAGACAAAACUAAAGAACAGUCUUGCAAAUGCUGAAAAUCUGUCAGUCACAGUUGACAUAUGGUCAGAUCGGAAAAUGCGGGGCUUCCUAGGAGUUACUGCUCACUGGUUGGAUAUUGGAGAAGGUGGACUAGUCCUGAAAUCUGCUUUGCUGGCUUGUAAUAGGUUCAGCGGUUCCCAUACAGGGGAAAGAAUAUGUGAGGAAUUUGAGCAAAUUUGUGACGAGUACCAAAUCAAAAGGAAGCUAUUGCACAUCAUAUGCGAUAAUGCUGCAAAUAUGAGAAAAGCAUUCAGCACUUGUUUUCCACAACAUGGAGAUGAAGAGGAUGACGAAGAUGAAGGAGUUGAGGACAACAACUUGUGGACUGACUUGCCAGUCGAAGACCAAGAGAGGGUGGAUGGUUUUCUCCAAGAUAAAUCUCAGACAAGACAGCAGUGUUUUGCCCACACGUUGCAGUUAGUUGUCGGGGAUGGCUUAAAAGACACAAAAAUAGCUAAUGCAGCUCUUGCAAAGGCCUGCAAGCUGAGCAAUUUACUCCACAGCAGCACUUCCUUCAAGGACAUUUUUGAGAGAGAGUUUGGGCAAUCUGGCAUCCCUUCCUCUGUUGUCACGCGUUGGAACUCAACACUUACGCAGUUGAAAGCGGUACUGAAAUGUGACGCCACAAAGCUCACCGCCAUUCUACAAGAGUCUGGCCACAAAGAGAUAGCAUUCACAUCAAGAGAAUGGAGUCAAAUCCAAGAGUUGGUGCAUGUGCUUGAGCCUUUUGUCGAAGCCACUGACCUCACUCAAGGUGAAAAAGUGGUAACCAUAAGUGCAGUGGUCCCCUGUGUCCUCUCCCUCAACCACCAUCUGGAAAACUUAAAAGGCACUAUGUGCUACUUGGGGGCCUUCAUCAAAACCUUACAGACAUCUCUUCAAAGGAGGUUCAAGGGGAUUUUCGUAAAUGUGAAGAUGGCAGAAAACUCAUCAUCUGAUUGCCAGCCAUUGCCCUUCUCUGACCCACUGUAUCUGAAGGCAGCCAUGCUGGAUCCUUCGUUUGGCAGCAUGUGGGUCAUACAUGAUGUUUUGGUCCCUGACAACACUAAGGAGGAGGUGUCAAAGAUGAUCAAAGACUUGAUUCUGGAAGAAGCAGUGAAAGUCACUCCAACGAACCCACGCAUAGAAGAGGAAGAAGAGGCCCAGGCGACAGAGCCGCAGUCAAGCCUCUUUGCAUCCUACCAGAACAAGAGACAAAAGAAGGACUCUGCGUCAACACCUCAUAUGCAGCUCACACACUUCCUGGACAUUUGUAGUGGACAGGACUGUCUCCACUUCUGGGCACUGAACAGGUCAGGGUGCAGGCAGUGGGUCAGAACUAUUGAUGAGUCUGAUAGCCUGAGGACAGAAGCUAUCUGUCAGUUGAGAGGUUCGACAUUUCACACUUCUGUACCUCCUGCCAGAGGGCAUGAGUGUGAAAUGACUGUUCUGGGGAUGUGCGGGGUCUUUGAUGAUGGUGCCGGCUCUGCUGUGGACUCUCUGGUGAUAGAUGUCCUGCAGAGAUCGUAG